AGCACCCCCAGGGCCCUGCCUGGGUCAGUGUCUCAGCCACAGCGGCUUCACCAUGCACAGCUGGGAGCGCCUGGCAGUUCUGGUCCUCCUAGGAGCGAUCACCUGCGAGGCGCCGCCCCGUGGUCGGAUCCUGGGCGGCAGAGAGGCCGAGGCGCACGCGCGGCCCUACAUGGCGUCGGUGCAGGUGAACGGCGCGCACCUGUGCGGCGGCGUCCUGGUGGCGGAGCAGUGGGUGCUGAGCGCGGCGCACUGCCUGGAGGACGCGGCCGACGGGAAGGUGCAGGUUCUCCUGGGCGCGCACUCCCUGUCACAGCCGGAGCCCUCCAAGCGCCUGUACGACGUGCUCCGCGCAGUGCCCCACCCGGACAGCCAGCCCGACACCAUCGACCAUGACCUCCUGCUGCUACAGCUGUCGGAGAAGGCCACGCUGGGCCCUGCUGUGCGCCCCCUGCCCUGGCAGCGUGUGGACCGCGACGUGGCGCCGGGAACUCUCUGCGACGUGGCCGGCUGGGGCAUAGUCAACCACGCGGGCCGCCGCCCGGACAGCCUGCAGCACGUGCUCUUGCCAGUGCUGGACCGCGCCACCUGCAACCGGCGCACCCACCACGACGGCGCCAUCACCGAGCGCAUGAUGUGCGCGGAGAGCAAUCGCCGGGACAGCUGCAAGGGUGACUCCGGGGGCCCGCUGGUGUGCGGGGGCGUGCUCGAGGGCGUGGUCACCUCGGGCUCGCGCGUUUGCGGCAACCGCAAGAAGCCCGGGAUCUACACUCGCGUGGUGAGCUAUGCGGCCUGGAUCGACAGCGUCCUGGCCUACGGUGCCGGGGCCUGAAGGUCAGGGUCACCCAAGCAACAAAGUCCCGAGCAAUGAAGUCAUCCACUCCUGCA